ACUCAUUCACCCAUUACCUCUUUGCAAGCUCUUAUCAAGCACGUUAUUUUAAGCCUCCCCCUUUUUUGACCCAAAGGGCAAAAAGAUUGACCAAACACUUCCCAAAUGGUCAAUCAAGAAUGCCACGUCCUUCCUAAGCCGUUGGAUUUGAACGCCCCCGUCUUCCACCACCAACCAAACAUCUCCGCGCAGUUCAUAUGGCCGGACGAGGAGAAGCCCACCGCUGACGCCCCACCCUUCGACAUUCCGCUUAUUGACCUUUCGGGUUUUCUCUCCGGGGACCCUGUCGCUGCCGAAGAAGCUUCUAGACUCGUUGGCGAAUCGUGCAUGAAACACGGGUUCUUCCUCGUUUCCAACCACGGCGUCGACGGGGACCUCAUCUCCGAUGCCCACCGCUGCAUGGACCACUUCUUCGAGUUGCCUCUCGGCGAGAAGCUAAAAGCUAAGAGGCAACUCGGAGAGCAUUGUGGCUAUGCGAGCAGCUUCACGGGUCGGUUCUCGUCGAAGCUGCCGUGGAAGGAAACAUUCUCUUUCAGCUUCUCCGCGGAGAAAAACUCUCAAAACACUGUCCAAGAAUAUUUCCAAUCAGCAUUGGGUGAAAAUUUCUCACAAACAGGGAAAGUUUAUCAAGAAUAUUGCAAUGCAAUGAACAAGCUUUCAGAAGGGAUACUAGAACUGUUGGCAAUGAGCCUAGGAGUGAACAAGAAGUUCCUGAGAGAAUUCUACGAAGACAACGAAUCGAUAAUGAGACUAAACUACUACCCGCGGUGCGAGAAACCGGAGUUGACCUUGGGGACCGGCCCACAUUGCGACCCGACAUCGCUCACCAUCCUCCACCAAGACAACGUCAGUGGCCUGCAAGUGUUUGUCGACAACCAGUGGCGCUCCGUCCCGCCCACUCCCAACUCCUUCGUAGUUAACAUCGGCGACACUUUCAUGGCGCUAUCAAAUGGAAGGUACAAAAGUUGCUUGCACAGGGCAGUGGUGAACAACAUAAGUGCAAGGAAAUCACUUGCAUUUUUUUUGUGCCCAAAGAAGGACAAAGUUGUGAGGCCUCCCACGGAACUGGUGGACUCAAAUAACCCGAGACUAUACCCGGAUUUCACAUGGCCUACCUUUCUCGAGUUUACUCAAAAGCAUUAUAGAGCCGAUAUGAACACACUUCAAGCCUUCUCCGCUUGGAUCCAAAAUAACAAUCAGUCAUAGUACUGUUUGUUCAUCCCAUUCAUGAUUGCUUGAAACCAACUUAACUAUAUGUAUAUGGUCAUAAUGGUCAUGAUUCAUGAAUGGUAAUAGCCACCUACAAUAUAUAUAUUUAUAUAUAUUUAUAUUAUAUUUGUUCCUCUUUUUUUCUUCUUUUAUUUAUUAUGGAGUUAUUUUUCUUGCCAUCCUGGACCUUACCGAUUGAUCGAAUUGGUUUGUUAGGAUGGUGAAUGUAUGAAAUGGAGGAAUGAAAUAUGUAUGUAAUUUUAAAUUAAAUGAAGAAUAAUAAUGCAUAUGUGAUUGGUUAAUUAAUCAUUAUGAUUGGAGCAAUGUGACGUGAUCGAUUGAGGAUAAG